AUGAUGGUGCACUGUGCCGGCUGCGAGCGGCCCAUCCUCGACCGCUUUCUGCUGAACGUGCUGGACCGCGCGUGGCACAUCAAAUGCGUUCAGUGCUGCGAGUGCAAGACCAACCUCUCGGAGAAGUGCUUCUCGCGUGAGGGCAAGCUCUACUGCAAAAAUGACUUCUUCAGGCGCUUCGGCACGAAGUGUGCGGGCUGUGCACAAGGCAUCUCGCCCAGCGACCUGGUGCGCAAGGCCCGCAGCAAAGUCUUCCACCUCAACUGCUUCACCUGCAUGGUGUGCAACAAGCAGCUGUCCACGGGCGAGGAGCUCUACGUCAUCGACGAGAACAAGUUCGUAUGCAAGGACGACUACCUGAGCUCGUCCAGCCUCAAGGAGGGAAGCCUCAACUCAGUGUCAUCCUGUACAGACCGCAGUUUGUCCCCGGACCUCCAGGACCCGCUCCAGGACGACCCCAAGGAGACCGACAACUCCACGUCAUCGGACAAGGAGACAGCCAACAAUGAGAACGAGGAGCAGAACUCGGGCACCAAGCGGCGCGGCCCGCGCACCACCAUCAAAGCCAAGCAGCUGGAGACGCUCAAGGCCGCCUUCGCCGCCACACCCAAGCCCACGCGCCACAUCCGCGAGCAGCUGGCGCAGGAGACCGGUCUCAACAUGCGUGUCAUCCAGGUGUGGUUCCAGAACCGCCGGUCCAAGGAACGCAGGAUGAAGCAGCUGAGCGCACUGGGGGCCCGGAGACACGCCUUCUUCCGGAGUCCGAGGCGCAUGCGUCCGCUGGGUGGCCGCUUAGACGAGUCUGAAAUGUUGGGGUCCACUCCAUACACCUACUAUGGAGACUACCAAGGCGACUACUACGCGCCAGGAGGCAACUACGACUUCUUCGCGCACGGUCCGCCGUCGCAGGCGCAGUCCCCGGCCGACUCGAGUUUCCUGGCCGCCUCGGGGCCCGGCUCGACGCCGCUGGGCGCCCUGGAGCCGCCGCUGGCCGGGCCGCACGCCGCUGAUAACCCCAGGUUCACCGACAUGAUCUCGCACCCGGACACGCCGAGCCCCGAGCCGGGCCUGCCGGGUGCGCUGCACCCCCUGCCUGGCGAAGUGUUCAGCGGGGGACCCAGCCCGCCCUUCCCCAUGAGCGGCGCCAGCGGCUACAGCGGACCCCUGUCGCACCCCAACCCCGAGCUCAACGAGGCCGCUGUGUGGUAA